CGGAAGGUCAGAACGUAGAGGAUAAAUAGUCAUUACUUCGUCGCGGUUGUCCUCAUCCCGACGGCUUCGACUUCCGCCUCAUGCGUUAAUGGCCAUUUACUUCCACUGCUCCUUCCCUCACCAUUUUAUACGCUACUGGUAGUGCAUUCAGAAUUGUCUCCUCCACCUGGAGUCACACCGAAUCUUACCGGGAUGGGCACAGUGAACGGAGACUCUGCCGCUGGUCUCGUCGUGAGCUUCGGCGAGAUGCUGAUCGACUUCGUGCCCACCGUGUCCGGAGUGUCGCUGGCGGAGGCGACCGGGUUCCUGAAGGCACCCGGCGGCGCUCCCGCCAACGUGGCCAUAGCCGUGGCGCGGCUCGGUGGGCUCUGUGCCUUCGUCGGCAAGCUCGGCGACGACGAGUUCGGCCGCAUGCUGGCCGCCAUCCUGCGGGAGAACGGCGUCGACGACUCCGGCGUCACGUUCGACAACGGCGCACGCACCGCGCUGGCGUUCGUCACCCUCCGCGCCGACGGUGAGCGCGAGUUCAUGUUCUACCGCAACCCCAGCGCUGACAUGCUGCUCACCGAGGCCGAGCUCAACCUCGAUCUCAUCAGAAAGGCUGCAGUCUUUCACUACGGAUCUAUAAGUCUGAUCACGGAGCCCUGCAGGUCAGCUCACUUGAAGGCCAUGGAGGUAGCCAAGGAAACAGGGGCGCUGCUCUCCUACGAUCCCAACCUCCGGCUGCCUCUGUGGCCGUCGGCGGCGGAGGCCAGGAAGCAAAUCUUGAGCAUCUGGGACCAGGCCGACAUCAUCAAGGUCAGCGACGUCGAGCUAGAGUUCCUGACCGGCCAAGACUCGGUGGAAGAUGAAGUGGCCAUGCAACUCUGGCGCCCAACCCUCAAGCUCCUCUUGGUCACCCUCGGCGAGAAGGGAUGCAAGUACUACACCGAGGAUUUCCACGGAAUCGUCGACUCCUUCGCCGUCAAGCAGAUCGACACGACCGGGGCAGGUGACGCGUUUGUCGGUGCACUGCUGAGGAGGAUCGUCCAUGACCAGUCUGUUCUGCAGGACGAGAAGAGGCUGAGGGAGCUGCUGCGAUUUGCUAAUGCAUGUGGAGCAAUCACCACCACCAAGAAGGGAGCGAUCCCGUCGUUGCCGAAUGCGUCGGAGGCCAUGCAACUCCUCGAAAGCGCAUCAGACAUGCUUGCUUAGAUUUCCUUGUUCCACUUCCCUUUAAUAAGGACUGUCGCAACUUGAUUAGAAUCUAAGUUGUCCUUCAUGUGGUGUUUCUUCUAAUGUUGAUGCGCCAUUUUGUUCUUC